GAAUAAAAAACACAAAAGGUUUCGUUCUGUUAAAGCCCACAAGCGAACUUGCAAAGCGGGAGAGAAAAACACGAAGAUAUAUAUAUAUACACAGAGAGAGAAGAAGCUUCAGAUACAAAGGAUUUUUUCUCCUUCUAUUGAUUCGUCAAAAAAGAGUCUAAUACACACAAUUUAUUUUCUUCUCAACCCACACUUUUCUCGAUCUGUCUCCCUUCAACUUUUUCGAUUACCUCCACCGUCUCCCCGAUCCGUAAUUUUCUUUUUCUCAUUUGUUUCUCGGGUUUUGAGUUGGAGCUGCGGAUUGAGGAAGGAGAAGCGUGUGCAGCAUGAGCAUUGAUAGUCCUGGGGGACGGGUUGAUUAGGGUUUUCAAGGUUUCGUUCUGGAGUUGAAGGUUACUAUGGGUGAUGGAGGCGUCGCUUGCAUGCCUUUACAGCAGCAACAACAGCAACAGCGUGUUAUUGAGAAGUUGCCGAAUGCAGCGGAGGAAACGACUGUUUGUGGAGGGAAGAGUGAGAAUGGUAUCAGUUCUGAGUUGGUUAAGGUUCCUGAAAAGAAGAAGGUGAUAAAAGUGAAAAAGGUGAAGAAGAUUGUGAAAAAAGUAAAGAAGAAAGUAGUGCCUGUGAAGAAGAAGGAGGGUGUAACUGUGAAAGGAGAAUUGGCGUUAGAUAUAGUGAGCAGCAAUGGUGUUGAGUGUGGCGAAAUAUGCGGGCAGAAGGAAGAAGUUGAAGAGGGUGAAUUGGGGACUUUGAAGUGGCCGAGGAAUGAAUUGGAGAAUGGAGAGUUUGUGCCUGAGAAGCUGCUUCCGUCAUCACCACCGCCGCCACAGAAUAAUGGAAUUGAGAAUGGGGAUAUUGUUACUGAUAGGUGGAAAAAAGUGCAGGUGGAGAAGGGUGAAGUUGAUGUUUGGAGAAAAAAGGAGAUAAUUUCUGAGAAGGGCUGGAGAGGAGAAAAUGAGAAAGGGGCCUAUGGGUCAUGGAGAGGUGGUAUAAGCAGUGAUGUUGAGAAGGGAGAGUUCAUUCCGGAUAGGUGGCAUAAGGGAGACACAUGUCAGGAUGACUAUGGGUAUGGUAGAAACAACAGGUAUGAGUCAUGUCGGGACAAAGGGUGGAAAACUGAACGUGACUGGGAAUAUACAUCAUCUUCUGGGAGGUAUGCAGGUAAUGAAUUUUUUAGGAAGAAGGAAUUUAAUAGAAGUGGGAGUCAGCAUGUUAAAAGUGCACCCAGGUGGGAAAGUGGACAAGACAGAAAUAUCAGGAUCAGUUCAAAGAUUGCCGACGAGGAGAAAAAUGAACACAAUGGUAGGAUACAUGCAAGGGAAUACUCUUCUGGAAGUCGUUUGAAAAGGCAUGGCAAUGAUUCAGACGGCUGGGAGCGGAAGCAGUAUGGAGAUUAUGCUGGUUUCAAAAGUCGAAGGCUAUGUGACGAUGGCUCACACCAUGUCUAUUCAGAUCACCAUGUUUAUUCAGAGAAUCAUUCUCGCCAUUCUGUGGAGAGAUCUUACAGAAAUAGUUCUUCGAAGUUGUCUGCCGAUAAGUAUUCUUCUAGGCAUCACGAAUCUUCUUUGCCUACCAGAUUAGCUUAUGAUAAACAUGGAUGCAGUCCUCGUAAUUCUGAACGAUCUCCACAUGAUCGAGCUAGAUAUUAUGAUAAUAAAGAUCACACUCCUGCCCGUCGGUCACCAUAUGGCCGUGAUAGGUCACCCUAUGGCCGUGACCGAUCUCCAUAUAGCCGUGACCGAUCUCCAUAUAGCCGUGACCGAUCUCCAUAUAGCCGUGACCGAUCUCCAUAUAGCCGUGAGAGAUCUCCAUAUAACCGUGAGAGAUCUCCAUAUAACCGUGAGAAAUCUCUGCAUGGUCGUGAAAGAUCCCCAUGUGAUAGGAAUUGGGAUAAAAGUCGAAACCGUGACCACAAAUUAAGAAGUCCCAUUCACGCUGAGCGGUCCCCACAAAAUCGAGGUCGGCAUCAUGGCUACAGGGACCGAACUCCAAACUUGAUAGAGCAAUUCCCACUUGAUCGAACUAGACAAAAUAAUGAUCGAGAAACAAGUAAUAAAAUCUUAUCAACUGAAAAACAUAAUUCACAACUUAGCUGUAAUAAGAAUCCUGAAAACAAAAAUAUUCAAAAGGAGCCAACUCUUUCAGGUAUAGAAUUGCAAGGGGAAAGAAGUGUUCAUGAUGCCAAUGGGCCUGUUGUGACAGGUUUCUGCAAUGAACCUGAAAAGGAACAAGAGUCCUGCAGGCCAGCUGCUAUAAACUGCCAAGAUUCUCCUUGCUUGCAGCUACCUACUGAGGAGCAGCCUUCUAUGGAAGAAGAUAUGGAAGAAGAUAUGGACAUAUGUGAUACUCCUCCACAUGUUUCUGUGUUUGCUGAUUCAUCAUCAGGGAAAUGGUUUUACCUUGAUUAUUGUGGUUUGGAACAUGGUCCUUCUAAAUUAUCUGACAUCAAGGUUCUUGUUGACGAGGGUGUACUAAUGCCGGAUCAUUUUAUUAAGCACAUAGACAGUGACAGAUGGUUAACUGUUGAGAAUGCAGCAUCACCAUUGGCGGCUCAGAGUUUUCCAUUGAUUGUGUCAGACUCCAUAACCCAGCUUGUAAAUCCUCCUGAAGCUUCUGGUAAUCUUUUGUCAGAUACUGGAGAUAUUCUUCAAUCUGGACCCAAGAAAGAUCAGGAAAGGCAAGCCCCUUUACUGCAGUCAAUGUUAUACCCUGAUGACAGUAUGCUUGCACCUGAACCGCUGGAUGACCUCCAUUUUGAUGAAAGGGUUGGUGUUCUGUUAGAGGGUUAUGAUGUCAUUCCUGGAAGGGAGCUGGAGGCAAUAACAGAAGCCCUGCAAAUGAAUUUUGAAUAUGCAGAGUGGGACGAUAUGGGAGACUACAAAGGUUUUCCUGAGCCUGAUACUUGCCUGAGUAUGGACCAUGAUUCAAAAAUUGAUUUUGCAUCAAGUGAGCAAGACUCCGACAAGGAUAAUGGCUUUACCCUUGGUGUUCCUGAUGACUGGUUUUCUGCACGCUGGUCAUGCAAAGGUGGUGACUGGAAGAGGAAUGAGGAAUCCCAAGAUAGAUAUUCUAAAAAGAAACUGGUUCUAAAUGAUGGGUUUCCUCUAUGUCAAAUGCCUAACUAUGGAUGUGAAGAUCCUCGGUGGUCUAGGAAAGAAGACUUGUAUUAUCCAUCUCACAGUAGGAAGCUUGACAUUCCUCUUUGGGCUUUUUGUACUGAUGAGUUGGUUGAUUGCUGUGGUACUGUGAGCAGACCAGUUCAAAGCAAGUUUGUUUCUGUUAGAGGAGUAAAAGGAAAUGUUCACUCGGUGGUCAGGAUAAAUUCAUGCGUGGUCAAGGACCAAGAAUCAUUAGUCUCUGAGUCACACCACAAGACCCAAAGCAAGGAUAGAUAUCAUUCAAGGUCAGCCCGACCUUUAUCAUCAACCAGGGAUAGCAAGAGAUCAUCAUCCGAAGAAGAUUCACAGUCAAAAACUGUUAUUGGUCAAGGUUCUCAAGGCUAUUGCAAGAGUGUAGAAUCCAUUAAUAUUUCUCAAGACCAUCUCUGUGCCGUCCAUGACUUGCAGUUGCAUUUGGGCGACUGGUAUUAUCUUGAUGGAUCGGGGCGCGAAAGAGGACCUUCGUCGUUUUCAGAUCUACAGUCUUUAGUAGACCAAGGAAUUAUAAAGAAGUAUAGCAGUGUGUUCAGGAAAUGUGAUAGACUCUGGGUUCCUGUUACAUCUUCCACAGAAACUUUGGAUGUCCAUCGUAAGAGCCACCAAGAAAGCAGUUCAGUGUCUGGUGAAUUUUCAGAACAUCAAUCAGUGCAAUCUCAUGGUGUUUCAUUUGAUGAACCCCAUUCUAAGUCAGAUAUGUUUAACAGCAUAUACCCCCAGUUUGUUGGUUAUACUCGCGGGAAACUACAUGAAUUAGUAAUUAAAUCAUAUAAGAGCCGGGAAUUUGCUGCAGUAAUAAAUGAGGUUUUAGAUCCUUGGAUCAAUGCAAGACAGCCAAAGAAGGAAAUUGAGAAACAAAUAUAUUGGAAAUCAGAAGGUGAUGCACAUGCUUCCAAAAGAAUCCGGGUGCUGGUUGAUGAUAGUGAAGAAGAGAGUGAUUUUGAGGAUGACAGCUUUAUCAUUGAAAACGAUAAAUCCACUCUCGAGGCUCUGUCUGGUGAUGUUACUUUCUCUGCCGAAGAAAGUGGCGUUACUGUUUCCAAGGGGGACGAAAGAUGGGGUUUAUUGGAUGGUCGAAUGUUGGCACGAGUCUUCCACUUCUUGAGGUCUGAUUUGAAGUCUCUUGUCUUUGUGUCCAUGACAUGCAAACAUUGGAAAGCGUCUGUAAAGUUUUACAAGGAAGUCUCGAGAAAUGUCAACUUGUCAUCCCUUGGUCAUUUUUGCACUGAUUCCGUACUUUGGAACAUUGUGAAUGCCUAUCAGAAAGACAAGAUCAAAUCUAUGAUUCUAAUGGGUUGCACCAAUAUUACUGCUGCCAUGCUAGAGAAAGUGUUUCUCUUAUUUCCUGGUUUAUCUACUGUAGAUAUCAGAGGGUGCAAUCAGUUUGAGGAGCUCACUCCUAAAUUUACGAAUGUGAAAUGGAUCAAGAGCCGAAAUUCACGCAUCAUUAAAAUUGCUGACGAGACACAUAAAAUCAGAAGCCUCAAACAGAUUACUGAUCAAUCUUUGUCCAUUUCUAAGGCCAGUAGUUUCGGCAUUAGGGAUAAUUUUGGUGAGCUGAAGGUUUAUUUUGAUAGUGUGGACAAGAGAGAUACGGUGAAGCAAUUAUUCCGUCAAAAUUUAUACAAGCGUUCAAAAUUAUAUGAUGCAAGAAAGUCCUCUUCUAUUCUCUCUAGAGAUGCUCGAACAAGACGAUGGUCAAUUAAGAAGUCUGAAAGUGGUUACAAAAAGAUGGAGGAGUUUCUUGCUUCAAGACUCAGGGAAAUUAUGAAAGCGAAUGCUUGUGACUUUUUUGUGCCCAAGGUUGCAGAAAUUGAGGCCAAAAUAAAAAGAGGUUAUUACAGUGGGCAUGGGUUGAGCUCUGUGAAGGAGGACAUAAGCAGAAUGUGCCGAGAUGCAAUGAAGGCAAAGAAUCGCGGUGAUGCUAAUGAUAUGAAUCAUGUUAUCUCAUUAUUUAUUCAGCUUGCAACACGGUUGGAGGAAAGUUCUAAAUAUGUGAAUGAUAGAGAUGCGCAAUUGAAGUUAUGGGGAAAUGACUUGCCAUUGGCAUUCUGUUCUACUUCCUCUAAGUACAAGAAGAAUAGAUUAGUGACUGAGAGAAAGUACAGGAGUGAUGGAAUACAUAGUAGUUUGGAUAAUGGAGAGUAUGCUUCUGAUAGAGAAAUCAGAAGGCGUUUAUCAAAAUUGAAUAAAAAGUCUAUGGACUCAGAGAGUGAGACAUCUGAUGACCUUGAUAGGUCUUCUGAAGAUGGCAAUAGUGACGGUGAUACUUCAACCUCCAAUACUGAUAGUGACCAAGAAGCUCAUUUAGAGAGACGAACCAGAGAAUCGAAAGGAAAUGGAUACUUCACACCUAGUGAUGGGUUGGAUUUCAUUACAGAUGAGCGUGAAUGGGGAGCUCGUAUGACGAAAGCAAGUUUGGUUCCUCCUGUUACUCGGAAAUAUGACGUCAUUGAUCAAUAUGUCAUUGUAGCUGAUGAGGAUGAUGUGCAAAGGAAGAUGCGGGUUUCAUUACCAGAUGACUACGCAGAGAAGUUGACUGCUCAAAAGAAUGGCACUGAGGAGUCUGAUAUGGAACUUCCUGAAGUGAAGGAUUACAAACCUAGAAAAAGGCUUGAAAAUGAGGUUAUUGAGCAAGAAGUUUAUGGAAUUGAUCCGUAUACACACAAUCUUUUACUUGAUUCUAUGCCUGAGGAGUUAGAUUGGUCUCUUCAAGAGAAGCAUGUGUUUAUAGAAGAGACACUCCUUCGGACAUUGAAUAUGCAAGUUAGGCAUUUUACCGGAACUGGAAGCACUCCAAUGAGCUACCCUUUGCAGCCUGUUAUCCAAGAGAUUGAAAGGUGUGCAGAGGAGCACCGUGACGCAAGAAUGAUUGGUAUGUGCCAAGGUAUCCUAAAAGCCAUAGACAGACGUCCUGAUGAUAAAUAUGUAGCUUAUAGAAAGGGACUUGGUGUUGUUUGCAAUAAGGAAGAGGGCUUUGGCGAUGAUGAUUUUGUUGUCGAGUUUCUUGGAGAGGUGUAUCCUGUAUGGAAGUGGUUUGAGAAACAAGAUGGGAUAAGAUCUCUGCAAAAAAAUAGCAAAGAUCCAGCACCAGAAUUUUAUAACAUAUACCUUGAGAGGCCAAAGGGUGAUGCUGAUGGUUAUGACUUGGUUGUUGUUGAUGCCAUGCAUAAGGCUAACUAUGCCAGUCGAAUAUGUCAUUCAUGCCGACCUAAUUGUGAAGCAAAAGUUACUGCUGUUGGUGGUCAUUAUCAAAUCGGUAUAUAUAGUGUUCGUAAAAUUCAACAUGGCGAGGAGAUCACUUUUGAUUACAACUCUGUUACAGAGAGCAAGGAGGAAUAUGAAGCAUCAGUCUGUUUAUGUGGAAGCCAAGUUUGCCGUGGAAGCUAUCUAAAUCUAACUGGUGAAGGGGCUUUCCAAAAGGUACUGAAAGAGUGGCAUGGAAUUCUUGACUGUCAUUAUUUGAUGCUAGAAGCCUGUGAGUUAAACUCCGUUUCUGAAGAGGACUAUAAUGACUUGGGAAGAGCUGGUUUAGGCAAUUGUUUGCUUGGAGGUUUGCCAGAUUGGCUAGUUGCUUAUGCGGCCCGCCUUGUGAGAUUUAUUAAUUUUGAAAGAACGAAACUUCCUGAGGCAAUUCUAAAACAUAAUUUGGAAGAAAAAAGAAAAUAUUUUUCAGAUAUAUGUCUUGAAGUUGAGAGGAGUGACGCAGAGGUUCAGGCUGAGGGUGUAUACAACCAGAGGCUUCAGAAUCUUGCUGUAACGCUUGAUAAGGUAAGGUAUGUUAUGAAAUGUGUUUUUGGUGAUCCAAUGAAAGCUCCACCUCCUCUUGAGAAGCUCAGUCCUGAAGAAGUUGUUUCGCUCCUCUGGAAAGGAGAGGAUUCAUUUGUUGAGGAGCUUCUACAAUGCCUGACUCCUCACGUGGAAGAGUCUACCUUGAAUGAUCUCAAGUCCAAAACUCGUGCGCGUGAUCCUCUGAAUUCUAAAGAUAUUCAGAAAGCUAUUCAGAAAUCUCUGUUGUGGUUGAGAGACGAGGUUCGAAAUCUUCCUUGUACAUACAAAUGUCGGCAUGAUGCUGCUGCUGACUUAAUCCAUAUUUAUGCUUAUACCAAGUACUUCUUUAGAGUACUGGAUUAUAAAACUACUACUUCACCACCUGUCUAUAUUAGUCCACUUGACUUAGGUCCUAAGUAUGCUGACAAGUUGGGAGCAGGAUUUCAGGAGUAUCGGAAGAUAUAUGGUCAAAAUUAUUGUUUAGGGCAACUGAUAUUUUGGCAUAAUCAGAGUGAUGGGGAGCCUGAUUGUACCCUGGCUAGAGCUAGCAAAGGCAGCUUGUCAUUGCCAGACAUCAGUUCCUUUUAUGCUAAGGCUCAUAAGCCUUCACGGCAACGUGUUUAUGGUCCAAAGACUGUCAGGUCCAUGUUGGGAAGGAUGGAGAAGCAUCCCCAGAGACCUUGGCCCAAAGACCAGAUCUGGUCAUUCAAAAAUAGUCCCAAGUUUUUUGGCAGCCCAAUGCUAGACGCUGUAAUUAACAACACUCCACUAGAUAGGGAGAUGGUUCACUGGUUGAAGCACAGACCUGCAAUAUUCCAGGCCAUGUGGGACCAGUAAAAUUUUGCUUGCUUUUGCUGAAGAAGACUGCCAUACUGGUCAAACCUUGUGGUUCAACAUUCAGAACUGCCUGCCUCUUUUAGCGUGGGGAGUCUGUAAAUUAUUAGUCUAAAGCAUAAUUUCCUGGUCCGCUUCUUCUGUCAUUGUUGUGUACAGUUAGUUUUUUUAACCAUUGAUUUGUAAUUCAUUCGGUUGUAGGACAUUUAGUCUUCAUACAAAAUGAAAUGAAAUGAAGGAAAAAAAGGUUAAUUCAAGGAA